UAACGAAAAUAAACAAAACAACAUUCAUAAAACUUUCAAACAUUUUAUACAAACUCUCAUGCCUAACGACGCAAUAAUCUACUCGGGUCCUUAUGAAAUCAGACGACUGCGCCGCCGCCGCGAUCAACGGGUUCAGGAGUACAUUUUCCAGCGAUCCAAGCGGACCAGUAACCCACCGUUAAAUUGCACCAUGUGCCGUAUAACCAAGCUAGUACUAUACCUAAUAGUGUUUUUUGUGGUUCUGGGACUUUUCACCGCCGGAAUGGCGUUCCUGGUUAUUCAUUUCCGCGUACCCGCGGAAAAGCCAGGGGAGCGGAAAAUGCCUGGACUAUGCACGGCACCCGGCUACUUUGUGGGCGAUGUGAAGCACAUCCUUUGGAGCGCGUCCCGGUCCAAGGAGCUGGGUGCUUUCCGACGCCAAAUGUCCCGCUUAGUAAAGCCCUUCGGAAUGGAUGGCGACACCCGAAUGCUUCCCUGCAACCUGGACGACAGCUGGGGAUAUACUUCCGGCAAACCCUGCAUCCUGAUGAAGCUCACCCAGGCCCUGGACUUCGAGGCAGUGACCUACAACGACGGAAUAACCCUGCCGGAUGAAGCUCCGGAUGAGCUAUACGACUACAUAGUGCAACUGGCCACCGAGAACAGACUGAACCGCAUCUGGGUGGCUUGUGAAGUGACGGCUCCGGAGAACCUAACCGUUAGUAUUGACUAUGUACCCUUUCGGUACUUCGACGCAGAUGCCCUCUUCACUCGGGGCAAUGUCUUCCUCAAUGUCUCCUCGGAAAACGAAAGCGGCGAAAUUAUGGAGAAUCCGGGACUCAGACGCCUGAUCGGAGUUCAGUUUACGAACCUACCCAACAACCUUGACAUCUUCAUACGCUGCCAGGUGUGGGCCAAGAACAUCCCGCUAGAUGUGGGCUCCGCCAAGUUUAUGAUGCAUGUCACUGCUCCGGUGUCAGCCACCACAGAAUCGGACUACUUGGACGGCCUGGAGUCGUGAGCUUGGCACCCUGGUCCUAAGGUUUCUAUAAGUGUAUUCUAUGAGAUAAUCAUUUAAAUAUAUUUACUUAAAAUAUAUAAUAAAAAUAAUAAUUUUUA